AUGUCAGCACGUGCAGGUCGCCACGUGUCGCUACAGUCGGCGGAGUGCGCGCGCGCAGAUUCUCAGGCUCGGAAGAAUAUACUUAAGUUCAAAGUAUUGAUCUUCUACCCCGUGUUCGGCGCAGUUAUGUAUGAUACACAUUGCAUUGUGCACUGUGUCAGACAAAUUGAAUGGGUGCGCGGUGGUCGCGGGGCGGUCGCGACAAGUGCCCGCUGCACACUCGCGCACGUGUGCGAGUGUGUACGCCGGGCUGCGUGUGCGCAAGGCAACCUGUACCCUGCACGAACGGACUGCGCACCGCAAUCUCGCUUCUUCCUCUGCUUACAGCUCGAG